UGACACAUGAUCAGGGGUCGACCAACGUCCUGGACACCACGGCCGAACUACCCCAUGGCUACAACAACCUUACGGCACAUCACAUGAUGACACACAUCGACGGUGGCCUGUACAUGGUCUGGAGGGGCGUGGGAAACACUACGGCCACGGCAUUGGGGGGUUAUCACAUCGCCCUGGCUGUCGAUGGAGCGCCUUGGCCAAGUCAUCAACGGAGGGGAAAACAAGACUCGAUUGUUACGAAACCGCCAACUCCUGGGCCCGGCGGAAACAUCCGGGCCUCCCAAGACACGCAAUCCUGCCAAAGAGAGUAGUGAACCUCCCUAUCUCGUCCUGCCCGUUAACCUAAAGGAGCAAUAUCAACCUGGAUACCUCCCCCAAAUAGGACAAGCGCCUUCAAAUACAUGCUUCUCCAGCACGCUCGUGUUUUUCCAUCCUCGUCCUCUCCUUGGUCCAGUGGCUCCUAAGGCCCUCUCUCGUCCAUCCCCGCACACCCCUCCCCCCGGCUCCUCGAAGACGAACUGGCAAGGCCCCCCCCUUCGGCUGCUCCCGCCUCACACCUCCUCCCACAGGAGUGUCCCCUGCAGUUCUCGGCGCAGACACCGACGCAAGCCAUCAUGCCCACCAUGCCGUCCCCUGGCCCCCCGCAGACGCCAGGGAGGUGGUGUACUUUUAACAUCCGCCCCUAGAUCAUCCCAAGUCAUCCAAUCAUAAGCCAUAAGUCGUGAAACAGGCGCCCUCGUUCCCUCCCCCCCUCCUGCCCGUUCUCUCCACACACCCGUUCGUCAGCGGCCUUCUGGCGUGUCAGAGCGGAACCGCCCACACGCCCACCGUCUGAACUCCGAUAAAAGCAGCAAGAGAUCCCGCCCCAGCGGCCCGCAGCCUUGCCGCGCCUAGUGCCCGGACUUUAACGUCACGUCACCUUCGCCCGCAUGAACUCGCUCGU